AUGUCUACACCACGUGGCACCAACCGCCAGCAGCAGGACGAGGAGGAGAGGACGCCUGCGCAGCGCUGGCAGGGAGAACAGUUACUGUCGCUUCUGCGCCAGUACUACCCUACACCACGGAAGCCAAACUUCAACUUCCAGCCGGUGAUCGACCUGGCCGUCCAGUACAGCCGUGCUAUUACCGAGCACGGCAUUCGUCGCGUGAUCGACGAAGACCUGAACUUCAUGCUCGCCCACGCAGGGCCCGGCGACGACGUCCAGCCCGAGAUUAUGACUGCAGAGUUCCUGGCAGCCGUCGUCUCUGACUUUGAUGACCAUCCAGCAAUGGUCCACCUCCUCGUAUACGCCAUCACGAACCCACAUUUGCAUCACCACGCGCGCAUGCGCGACAUCAUGCGGAACCGGGAAGUCGUCGCUCUCCUGCUGGUGCGCCACUAUGAAAACCACGGCGGGCUGAUUCUUCCACCGAUGAGUGAGGGGCGGCGGGCCAACGAGGAGUAUGCGCGUGAGGUGGCGAAGGCUGCGGCGAGUGGGCGGCAGGUCGGAUAUGACAUCGCGUAUCCGAACUGGACUGCUCGCCAGAGCAUGGCGCCUCCGCCUGGGUUUGGUGGUGGUCGCAAUCCGAACGUGGCACCAUCCGUAGAUGUGCGAGGACCGGCUGGAGGCUAUGGAUUUCCUGGGGUCAUUGGCGAUCGUCGACGUGGAUGA